GAUAUCGCGCCUGAGCCAGAAAACCAUGAACCUGAACGAACGCAUCAUCAACACGCAGCUGUUCGCGCAGACGAUCGACGAGACGGCCACCACGACGACCUCGGUGGGCAGCAGCGUCGGGCUGAGCGUUGGGUUUGUGCCGUUCGUUGCGGCCGCCACCGCCGGGCUGGCCGGACCGAGCGGGACGUCCGUAAUGCUGCCGAGUGACGCCACGGCCGCCGUCGCUGCUACCUCUACCGCCGGGCUCGCGAAGCAAAGUGCCGAAACGAUCCACCACUCAUCGCCGCACCAUCUGCAUCCACUGCACACGGGCAGUGUGGGGAGCAGUGGCAGUGUGGUAGUCACACCACAGGGGAUACUCACCACACAGCAGCUGCCCGUUCACUCAGCGACACCACCCUCGACCAGCAGGGCGGGAGCGAAAAGUCGUAGCCUAAGCACGGGCUCGUAUAUGACCAAAGAUUCGAGCGCAAACUCAAGCGCCGAACGGCUCACCAAGUCCAACAGCCACACGGAGGUGCACGUCAGCAGUGAGGGAGUGGCGCAAGCGCUUGCCUGCAAAGAACCGGCCAGCAUAAUGCCACAGAACAAAUCGCUCGAGGAGGGUCGCUCCAUGAUCCCUUCGGCCAGGAGUUCGCCGCCGGUUCGCAAACCCAUCCUGCGCAAAUCGAAGAAGAUCGUUCGAACCGACUCCGAGUUCCUGAAGGGUAACAUCUACGAGAAGGAGUCGAGCGUGUCUAGCUCCCAGUACACACCGACGCGGGACCGGCGGCGGGAGCAGUUUGCCGACUACCGCAGCAGCAAUCCCUCGUCCGAGACGCACAAGUCCACGGACGACAGCUCGAAGAACAUAUCGACGGACGAGAUCGAUACCGUGUUCUCGGACACGAUGGAUCUCGAGCAGAUGGAGCAGGACUAUCGGAUGCAUCUGAAGAACAACCUGCAGCGGGAGUACAAGAGCGAUAGCGACACGCUGGACGAGGUGGGCAAGAAGCGAGCGCCGGACUACAACGCGUGGAAGAACCAAAGCUACGAGAACACGUUCGAUGUGUACGGCAAUGAGAUAGGUGCACAGACGGCGAACGGAAGAUCGCACACAGCGAACGAUCGGCCCCCGGUAGAGGCAUCACCCAAGGGAACCGAGGAACAUCCCGAGCGUCCUUCCACUUCAGCACCCACCACAAAACCCGACCGGCCGACCGAUCUCGAGCUUGGUUCCGCGUCCGACGGUGGGGGGAAAUCGUCCACCUCCUCCACCAACGACGGCCCGUUUGGGCAUCUGUUCGAGAAGAAUUUGGGCCGGUUCAAGCGCAUGAACAAGCUGCUCAAGUGCAAGCGCUUCAGCACGUCGGCCCUGUACGAGAAGAAGUCCACGGCCAGUGCCAGCAGUGCCGCUGCAUCGGACGGUAAGCCCUCGUUCACGUCGCCCACCAAGAGCAUUCCCAACGCGACCCGCUCGCCCGUCAAAUCCAUACACUCGCAGUCGAAAGCAUCGAUCAGCUCGUCGAAAUCGUCCCUGUUCGGGAGCAAAAAGUCGGGCUCGGGGUUCACGUUCAAGGGGAAGCGCUUUCUCUUCACCGGCAAGACAUCGCCCAACAAGUCGAAGUCGAACAACGAGAUCAGCUACUAUCGCACCAAGUCGACCAAAAGCUCCAAGAAGGGUUCGGUGAAGAACAACAGUACGGCGUGUUUGAAUCUCGAGACGACGUGCACAUCGCCCCUGUCGGAAGCGUUCUACAACACGACGGGCAGUGUGCGGUUGAGCGCGAUGGAGCUGUACGAGAAGUUUUGCUCGCAGGACUUUAGUGGACUGUACAAGCACGAAACGGUGCGGACGGACACGGACAGUCAUGGCAGUGGGACGGACUCGAGUCAUUACGAGUCGCACCGGCAUCUGGGCGCGAUACGGAAGUAUAGGCGACGCAACUUUAAACUGUUGCGGCAGAAAAGUGAACCCAAGUUCUCGUUCCGAACUGAUACACUGUACGAGGACAGCUACGAUGGCGUGUGCUACCACGACGAGAAGGACGAGGAGCAGGAGUACGGUGCGGAGGAAUACAAUCAGUUCCUGUACGACGAGCAGUACUACGAGGAGGACAUUGAGCACUACAGCAUCGAGAACAUCUACUAUCAGCGGAACGGGUUGAUAGCGCUGCCCGACGGCACCUACGUUCAGCGGUAUCCUUAUCGAAUGGAGGACGAAGAGGGCGAAGAAGAUGAGGAGGGGGAGGAGGAAGAAGAAGAGGAGGGCGAUGAGGAGGAGGAGCUGGGCGAAGAGGAGGAGUAUCAGGGCGAGGAGGAGGACGAGGAAGAGUACGAGGAAGAAGAGGACCCAGCGGAUGAGAACGAGUUCGACGAGGAGGACGAAGACGAGCUAGCGCUGGCAGAGGAGGAAGAGCAGGAGGAGGAACGGCGACGGUUGCAGCGGUUACAGCUGCCUCCGCCCCCGAUCGAGCUCGUCGCCUCGAUGGAUUCGGACUGUGACGAGAUCUAUCUGAUGCCACAGAACGAGUCCGACGGCAAGAAGCUGAUCAUACAGGACUUUCUGUUUCAUCGCAGCAACAACGACUUCGAGGCGAGUGUUAGUGGGGAUGACUUCGAUCUAGCGGAUGUGGAUGAGGAAGCGGAAGAAGUGAAUGAGCCGACGCAAGUAAAACGGGAAGAUUUGGUGGGAGAUACUUGCGAAGCGCGAUCGGAGGAUGAGCAGGACUUCCGGAUGGAACGGUACGCCGCGACGGACAAGGAAACGCUUACGAUCUACAAGAUCUGCUCGAAAGAAAGCAUCCUGGAGUCGAUGCGGGAUGAAACGCCCGAGAGGACGUCAGACAACCUACCCCACAGUGCCUCGAUGGAGCAGUACUUUCUCAAGUCGGACUGUGUCAGCACGCUCGAGCGGACGGGCUCGCUGGAUCUGCUGAGCAACUCGAGCGGCACGCUGAACAAAUCCACCCUGACGGACUACGCGUUCGACACGGUGCGGAACAUGAACCUGGACAGCUGCAGUACCUCGCGGUUAAGUCUCUCGAUCAAGAGCGAAAUCUUCGAGGACACGACGAACGGAGGUGGAUCCGGUGGUGGUGCGUCGAUCACGGCGGACGUGGGAGUGGCUGGAGGGCAGCAGGACACUGGCACUGGUAGCGUUGACAUGGCGGGAGAAGCGGGCUCUGAAGUUCCUCGCAUCAAGAGCUGGAACAUUGAAGACUUUACGUUAACGCCUGAAGAAUCGUUUUCGGAUGAGCAGCUACCGUUGGAUGCUCCGAGCGAGGAAGAACCAUCGAAGGUUGUCACAGACUGUGCCUCCGUUCAACUAGCAGAACCUCUUGAGCUCGAUCAUCACAACGGAACGGCCGAGUACACGAUCGUCGACCUAGACGAGGAACCUUAUCUGCACGAUCCAACAAUUUCCGAGUUCACAUCCGAGAUCACGAAAGAGUUUGAUCUGUUGUUUUCCCGCGCCGAGACGGAAUCGCUACAGGCAGCGGCCGCUGCCGCCGAACAACCACCCUUGCCACCUCCACUACCGUCCCCCUUGGAAGGACCUUCUCAUCUCGGUGAUGUGCUGAAGCUACUGAGCGAUCUUCCCACCCGCUACUCCAUGCAGAUGCUCGAACACAUCAAUCUCGACACGGACGACAUCUCGAUCCCGGUACCGGAGGAGACCCAGCAGGAAAAUGGCACAGUGCCAACCUCUGCAUCGACCGUGCCAUCAGUCCCACCAUCACCACCAGUUAUGCCGAAACCGGCCUCAUCUUCUCAGAACUCUUCCGUCCCUCCUAUCACUACUGACCCGCCAGAAAGUGCCAAACCGCGUACACUCGAGCCGAGCGGAAGCGGACGAUCGUUCGCCAAGAUGAAGCUCCGCUCCACACGCUCUAGCGGCGUGGUGGCGGUGGCAAAAACCGCCGCCACUACACCGACAGCUCCCGAGCCGCCGGUCGACGGGGCACCGGAAGCUACGGGUGGUUCGGUUUCGAAGGCCGACCGGUUGAAGAAGGCGCGCAGCCAGUCGCUAGGUAACUUGCGUAAUAAAACCAAAUGUUUUCCAUUAUAGAAUUUAAGCAACACUGUAACAAUAAUCCUUACACUAUCGGUGCUGCCAGUAGUAGCAGUGUAGCGCAAGGCAGGCAGCGCGCGUUGAGGUUACGCCACAAGGUACACCACUGCUCUGUACGCAACGGGGAGCAUUCCGUUUCCGUAUGCGCAGGCAGCUAUUUUAUCCAGUUGUUGUAGUAGGUCGAUGUGCGUUGUUGGUGCGUGUUUGUCCGUUGCGUGCCCGAAGCGCGAUACUUUUUUAUACGAUUUCCUCCCCCUACCGGAUCGCCUGGAUUCGGGAAGGGGGGGAAUCCGUUUGGUAGUCAGCUGUCGUCGGCCCAUCCUUUCCCACUCUUCUUUCGAAGGCGCCCAGUGGCGCCUGUGUUCCACGAUAACCACACGCGACGGCUUACGUAUUUAUACACAGAUCCAAGUAAGUAGGAUUAAGAUUCUAGAGUAACAAAUUGGCUAGCAUGGUAGGGAUUUUGGGUUUUGGGUCGAUCGAUCCUGAACGUCUUAGAGGGCCUUUCUUUCCCUCCCGUUUCCAGCCUCCGUGCUCACCCGUUUUCGCUACCACUUUUGUUUCCGUUGGCCACCGUUUUUACCAUUUUGGGCCAGCAUUUUGAAGUUGGUUUUGAGGUGCGCGAGGGGGGUGUGUGUGUGUGUGGUUUGUAUUUCGUGUUUGGAUGUGAAACGGACAGCAACGGUAGUAGAUAGAUGGGGGAGAGUAAUUGUAGAAUAGAUAGAGCUCAGCUAACAGGGAAAACAAAAACAGGGGAGUUAGUGUUAAUGCCGAGUUUUCUAUUCCGAUGGGACCACGAACACAUGGAGAGAAUAUUUCAUUUGCCGUUACAUAUUUCCACCGCAAUGUUGUGUAGAAGAAGAAAAGAAACAUAGUUGUUUAAGCUUAACCACUUACUACUAGGGCUACUACUACUAUUACUACUACUACUCCUUAUCCAAUGUUAACGCUAUCGUGUACGAAGUCGACUUCGGUUUGUAAACACAUGCGCACCGGUGUGCUAUUUGCCUUUGUUACUGUUAUACACUACUAAGGAUCGCGAUCGUGAUCUUCGGUGGAUUGCUGUCGUCAAAAAAGGAAGAGAGAGAGAGAACGAGAGAGUGUAUAUGUUUCUGUGUGUGGGUGUUAUGUGUUACUGUAAGUGAUGCGUGUAUGAUCGUACUUAGUAAACCCACUAGACUUACCGUAGAAGAGUUCGAUAAACAUUGUAUAGAAGAAAAAAAAAACCCUAAAAAAGAAACGCACCUCGCCCCACAUGUGUUACAAUCACAAAGGCAUUGUAGAUAAUAUUAAUUGAAGAAGCAACAAAACAAAAAACAGACACACACACAAACAAACCAAAACAACCUUGUAAAUCGCAAACCGAGCAAAAAGAUGAAACGUUCUAAAACUUCAAUAGGCUUACUUUCUGGAAACUGCAAUCGGCACACCAAAGCCCGGGCGUAUCACACGCUAGAACGCCCGGGUGCCAUUGUAAGCGGAAGAGGAAAUGAAUAAGCAAACAUAUUAAGUCAACCUAAGCUAAGCAAGUUUCAUGCAUGUAAUACACAUGUUACAUACACAGAGAGAGAGAGAGAUAAAGAGAGAGAGAAAGAGAGAGAGAGAGAAAGAGAGUUAGGUGAAGAGAAAGAAUUAAAGGUAAAUAUUUCCUGUUAUUGUUGCUGUUACACCGAUAACUUCCUUUCCGUCGAUCGGUCCUUGUUGUAUGGAGCAUACAUUUACUAAUCACCAUACUAGGAAUUCUUCCAUGAAAUGGUUUAGUUGCUGUAGGAAAAAAUGAAUCUUAAUUUGUCUUUUGCUUUUUAGUGAUCAUUUCGAGAUGAUAUGUUGAUCAUCGAUAAAAUAAGAACUUGAUCUUCAAAUUGCUCACCUGACUAAGGUAAAGCGUUUCCUUUGUUUUUUUGUUCUGUUAUACAAACACUGUAUAAAACAAACCCAUCCUAAGCUAAGCCUAACCGUAAGGAUCUUAACAUACUGAAUUAAACCAAACCGUGAUACAGUUUAAAUGUGUUUGAUGGAAUGUAUGUGAAAACUCGCCCGAGAACAGUGUGUAUGUGUGUGUAUUUAUGGUACGGGAGGCGCGAUAUACUGUUAUAAUAGUAAUUUUUAUGGAAACCCCCCAAACCAAACAUCCUCUAAACAAGAUGUUUACGUGUGUGUGCGUGUGUGUGAAUUUUCGUGUAUUUGUAGAAUGUACAUGUGUUACAACUGGUUGUAAAGAUGUAUAUGCUUUGUUUGCCACGUGGUAUAAGAACGAUCGUAAGGAGAUGAACGAUCGCGAACGUUAUCGUAGUGUAGCAUAAAUUGGAAGGAAUAUAUACUACAAAGAGUAACACCGAACGCGUUACAGAAAGCGAGGCUCAUACGUUUGUAGACACACCGUUUUAGGGACACACACACACACACAUACAAAAAUUAAGCUCGAUACUGCUGUAAGCGAGAUCACGAUGGGUAGUGAGUGAAAUGAAAGUUAACUGGUAAAGAAACAAAACAAAACAAACCAAACAAGACAGAAAGUAGUUAUACCAAGCGAGCCGCCAAGCGAUCGUGUUUGGCUUUGGAAUAGUUUUUGGACUGUAUUUCCUACUGAUCAUUUUCAGUUUUCAUUUUCAGUCUGCAUCUCGAAUUGAGGUGUGCGGUUUUUGGAAGCUUUUUCUCCUCGUGCGACGAUCGUGUCUGCUUUUGCCUCUUAGGGUGUGUACCCCUGUUGCUGCUAUAGCUCAGUUUCGGUGCGAUCGUACUCGCGAACAACUAUGCACCGUUUCGAAACUCACACACAUUUUUGCAGCUUUUUUGUACCAGCGAUGUACCCGCUCUUUUUGCACUCAAACAAUCGAAUGGCCUUAAGACAAUGGAGCGAAUACGGGGAAGCGAUUUAUGGAAGCGAGAUCAGGACAAUUAGGGAAAGGAUAUCAGGCACUGCGUUUAGAAUGCAUCUUGGGGUUGGACGUCUGCCAAGCGGAUCAUCUACGCCUUGAUUUUGUAGUUUCUUUUGUGCGCGAGAAUAGGAUAACCUACAAGGCUAAUGAAGCAGCAGGAAGCGCAGGAGCGCAGGAGGAAUUGACAAGUGAGUUAGGCAGGCUCCCGGCUCUUAUCCCUCUCCUUCCUACACGUGUAGAUGCUGUUCUUAUUUGUGGGCCACGUGGCAUGUUUGAUUCCCAAUCUGUUUUUGUUACCGUAGCUAAUAUCGAUCCGGAGUCGAGAUCGCCGAAGUUGCCCGCGUCGGUUCGUUUUUGUUGUUCGUAGCUGGAAAGAUUUUAACGAGCAAAAAAGGGCAAAUGUAAAACAUAGAACGUUACUUUAAACAUAAAAUAAAGAAAACUAUAAAUGAUCGUAUAAAAAAAAAGUCAAGCAAAGUCAACCAUCAAGGAUACUAAACGUGUAACGUGUAGGCAAACUCCUCGUACACGGCAAGGAAUUAAACAAAACCCAUUAGUCUAAAGAUAAAAGCGUAAAAUAAAUAAAACCAAAAACAAAACAAAAACAAAAACACUCGGUAAAUGUUAAGUAUUAACGUGAUAAAACACAGACACACGAGACAAGUCAAGCAUUAUUUGUUGUAUUUAGGUACCAAUUUUCGUGACCAGAUAAGAAGAGAAGUUCGGAUUAGUGUCCAGAAUGGUCGGAGUAUAACGCACAGAAACUAAACAAGAAACUCCUCCACAUCCUAUAGCUCAAAUAACUAAAACAAA